CUUCCUAGUUUCCCUCCCUCCCUCCAAAAACAUGGGUCAUCUUCUCAUCAACAAGUCAUUCUCUUUCACUCUCAUCACGCUGGCUCUCAUCGCCAUCCUCAUUAAGUUCUCUCCAUCUUUCCUCUCUCUCGCUGCUUUCAUCUUUCCUCUCGUCCUGUUCCUCAGGCAGUCCAAAAGGCAGCCCUCCAAUGUCCCUCCGGGCCCUCUCUCCGUCCCCGUCUUUGGCAAUUGGCUUCAAGUUGGCAAUGACCUCAACCACCGUCUUCUGGCUUCCAUGUCCCAGACCUAUGGCUCCGUAUUCCUUCUCAAACUUGGUUCCAAGAACCUCGUGGUGGUCUCUGAUCCUGAGCUGGCCACCCACGUCCUUCACUCCCAAGGUGUUGAGUUUGGUUCUCGCCCUCGAAACGUCGUGUUCGAUAUCUUCACGGGGAAUGGCCAAGACAUGGUCUUCACCGUGUAUGGCGAUCACUGGCGCAAAAUGCGUAGAGUCAUGACAGUCCCAUUUUUCACCAACAAGGUUGUCCACCAAUACAGUGACAUGUGGGAACAAGAGAUGGACUUGGUUGUGAGGGACCUCAAAACGAACGAGGCCGUGAGAAGCCGAGGGAUAGUGAUCAGAAAGCGUCUGCAAUUGAUGCUGUAUAAUAUCAUGUACAGGAUGAUGUUUGACGCCAAGUUUGAGUCUCAGGAGGACCCCUUGUUCAUUGAGGCCACCAGAUUCAACUCUGAAAGAAGCCGUUUGGCCCAGAGUUUUGAGUAUAAUUACGGAGACUUCAUCCCUCUGCUCAGACCUUUCUUGAAGGGCUACCUCAAUAAGUGCAGGGACUUGCAGACCAGGAGGCUCGCAUUUUUCAACAAUCACUAUGUUCAGCAAAGAAGAAAAAUAAUGGCUGCCAAUGGGGCAAAGCACAAGAUAAGCUGCGCAAUAGACCACAUUAUAGAUGCACAGAUGAAGGGAGAGAUUAGUGAAGAAAAUGUGCUAUACAUUGUGGAGAACAUCAACGUUGCAGCAAUAGAGACGACCUUAUGGUCCAUGGAGUGGGCAAUUGCAGAGCUGGUGAACCAUCCAAGGGUUCAAAGCAAGAUACGUGAAGAGAUCUCAAGAGUUCUUAAAGGAGAGCCAGUGACAGAGUCAAACCUGCAAUUACUACCAUAUUUACAAGCAGUGGUGAAAGAGACACUAAGGCUGCACACCCCAAUUCCUCUGUUGGUGCCACACAUGAACCUCGAAGAAGCAAAACUAGGAGGGUAUAACAUACCAAAAGAGUCGAAGGUGGUGGUGAAUGCUUGGUGGCUGGCAAACAACCCAGCAUGGUGGGACAAGCCAGAGGAGUUCAGGCCAGAGAGGUUCAUGGAAGAGGAAAGUGGGACUGAUGCAGUGGCUGCAGGGAAGGUUGAUUUCAGGUACUUACCAUUUGGGGUGGGAAGGAGGAGUUGUCCUGGCAUCAUACUGGCAUUGCCAAUACUGGGCCUAGUAGUUGCAAAAUUGGUGUCCAAUUUUGAGAUGGAAUCUCCGCAAGGGACAAAGAUAGAUGUCUCUGAAAAAGGAGGACAGUUCAGUUUGCACAUUGCCAACCACUCAACUGUCGUCUUCCAUCCAAUGAAGGCCUGAUGAUCAUUUGCUUCAAGUUAGCCAGUGUAAACUUCAGACUCUCGUCCCGUCCAACAGCUUUAGUCUCCUAGAUGGGGUCUUUGAAUCCUUCUUGUGUGCACUCACUGUUUUGUUAAUUUUUUACUAUUCUUGUUUUUCUUAUAUCUUUGUAAGAAGUUAAUCACACGGCCUGCAUACACAACACGCUUUAGGCACACCGUCGAACUUGAAUUUGUGCCUUGUAUUGAGCUAAUAAUCAUUUGAUGGAAUAUGGAACCCUUCAAAUAAAUAAAGGGAACCUCACUUUUGGAUUUUUUUUUUUUAAA